UCGGGAUUUCGCUCCCCAAUAUAGCGCAGAGCGCAGCUGACCUUCUCAAGAAAAAUAUUGGAUUUUUCCCAAAACUCUUCCUAGGAAUUUAAAAUGACCAUAACAGAAGCAACCGAAUUACCAACCGAUGAGGAAUUAACGGUACAAGAAGUCAAUUUGUCCGGUCCAGUCCUAAAAGCCGGAGCAUUCCAUUUGGGAAAGUCCUGCGAAUAUGAGAAUAAUGAAUUCAUAUUGUGCCGCCGAGAGUUCAAGGACCCUAGAAAAUGCUUACAAGAAGGCAAAGCCGUAACCAGUUGCACUCUCAACUUCUUCAGACAAAUUAAAAAAACUUGUGCUGACGAAUUCACCCAGUACGCCUAUUGCCUGGACAAGUCCAGCCCCGACCAGCAAUACACACCAUGUAGAAAAACUCAAGCUGUUUUUGACAAGUGUGUUAAAGACAACUUGGGCCUGGACAGGCCUCCUUUCGAUUACUUCAAUAGAGUGCAUGUACAUAAAUCACCUCGUCCAGCUCUGCCAGUUGAAGGACCAGCAGUAUAUCCAGAUGCCACUCCUGGUUUGCCACCUACUGCAGAAACUCCACCAGCUAAAUAUGGUUCACGUUUCUUAUUUUUCUGGUGAUGGGAUAAUGUAUCAUCUAGUAGCUGCCACUUGUUAGAAUAUUUAAUUAUUGUGUAAUUAAUAAAUUGAUUUUAAUUUAG